UCAAACACCCUUAAAAUAGAUACACAGAAUAAGCCGCCGAUUUCACUAAAAGUACCAGACGAAUAUCUCAUUAUCAUUCUCGGAAAAUAAAGCUUUCCCCGCUAUGAGAAAAUACGUCUUCUUCGGUCUCAGACCAAACGGCUUUCGGUUCGUUAGUUUCAGGAUCGACCGCCAGGGUCCGCCGUUCGGUGGAAGGUCGGUAAAGAAGGUUCGAAAGGAAUGAAGCGGAACAGCCGUUAAUUUCCCGGUAAGGCCUUAAUUGUAAUUCGGUUAGUUAGUGCCGCGCGGUCGCACUAAUCACAGACGGCGAAGGGAAGUAAAAAUGGUGAAACGAUAAAUUGGAAAUAUCGUCGGGCACGAAGGAAUCGAAUCGCGCCUUGCGAAGCGUGGAUCCUCGGAUAACGGAUAUUUAUACGCUAACGGCGUUUCUCGUGGCUGAUUGCCUCGAGACUUAAACCCAACCAAACGAACGAGAUUAAGUCCUUUCAUACUGGAGUCUAAGUAUCCCUGGAGAUGGCACUGAUAACCUAUAGACAUUACGUGAAGAAUCUUUAUCAACGAUACAAAAGAUGGACGUCUCUGUAUACACGACUGACAACAAGGUUGGAAGACAGAGGGCAGCACGGGUGGUGCUUACGACUGAAUUGUCAAUACGGGAAAGCCAUAAAAAUGAAGGAGACACGAAGACGAGUGUGUGACGGGAACCGAGUUGUCGCCCUUGGAAACUCAGAGGGGCAAAAUCUUGGCAGCCCGAAGGGAAGUGGCGAGUGCUCCACGUGAGUUUACGUUCCACCAUUACCCUAUCGGGCAGAGGGUUGGAAAUGUCAGAGGGUCAGACACGUGUGUCCAGCGUUAGUAUCCCGAUCAAGUCAUUACUGCGUUACCGCAUGCAUUCACCCCAGGAGACGAGGGGUCGUUCCGGCAACAAGACGCAACUGAUUGCAAAAGCAGCCAAGCGCAAGAUUUACCCGCUGCUCUCGUUCCUCCUUAUAUGCCAAAUCAAAUCGUCCGAUUGCUUGAAGUGAGCCCGCAUCGUCAAUAGCAGCCCACUCGGCUUAAGGGGUGGUUUGUGGUAUUUGAAAAAAAUGUUCAUUCAAGGUCAACCCAAUAUUUACUUAUUUAUAUUCAACCCAAUCGAACUAUUAUUAUUUAAUAAUAGUCGCGAGAGCGACCUAAUCUUCAUUCCGUAGCUAUGCAUACAAUCAAUGCAUAAAAUGCAUUCACUGCAUUCCGUUAUGAUCGACGCUUAAUAAUUCUGGCCGCUACGAAACAACGAUAAUCCGACGUAAUGAGAUUCCAACGAUAAAGUUAUUUCAAUCACAAUAAACGCAUUGCCGAACUCCCGCGGGAAUUCGAUCCGGUUUACCAUCUAUUCUGCAUCGUAUGCAUGCAUUUCGAAUAUUGGUCUAUAUGCUUAUAUACAUAUGUAUAUACUAUUAUAUAUAUUGCGUAUUUCUAAUUACUAUAGAUUUCUACCGAUCGAAAAACUUUAACGCAAUAUCCUCAGGGAAUCGUUAAAAGCGCGAGAGCGCUGGGCAAAAUUUAGUUAUAUGAUUUUUAAGCUGGUGUAUGUAUAUAUUCUUCUAUGUAACUCAUGCAUGAAAAACACUACUCUUCGUGCCUCCGAAGUGUGGCGAAAGUGGCGCU